AUGCUCCCUCUAGACUGGCAAGCCGUGCAAUGGGGCAGCGGGUGCGGAGAUGGCAUCUUUAUAACCAUCAUGCUACAUGGCAAACGUUUUCGCGUAUCUCUACUUCCCCCUUCCUCCCCAAAUACCAUUGAAGGGCCUCUCAUCUCAAGAUUCGACUUGAUCCCACAUGAAGAUGAAGAACGAUCUUUCGCCAUUCAACGCGAAAUCGAGUUACUUGUCUAUGAAGCGGGAGGAUCGAUCUGGACUCGACUAGCUCCCCCCACUCCUAACGAGCCAGAGCCUUCGGAUUUACACUCUCAUUUGUACCCGGAGACCUUCGCCUUCCGCUUCGUCACUAAGGAUGGGAAAGCGGAAUUGAUACCGGACCAAAUAGAAGGAGGACCCGACCACCACCAUCCUUCCGGCAACAGAAUUGUUAACGACAUAGGAUUGCCCCAAUAUUCUUCCAAAGACAUCCGCGUACUUGAAAUUUUCGCUGGGCAGGGGGAUAUUACCAAAGUCUCGGUAGGAGGAACAGAGAUGUGUUGCAAGAGCGGCGAGGAGGCUUUCUUUAAGGGCCUUGAACGUGAAUUCGGCUGUCUUCAUACGAUAGCGAGAUCGCACCUUGCUAAUUCGAUUCGAGUACCCAAACUUCUUGGUCUAGUUACGUUAGCGGAGACGGAGGAGAUUAUUGGUAUUCUGGAAGAAUACAUUCCUACGGGGAACCCAUAUGCCCUGGGGAAUCUGGAGGACCAAGAGGGUUCAGAAGAUGGGGCAGAGCAUGAAGGAAUGGAUGUUGAGGGAGUGGAGGUUGAGGAAAUGGAGGCUUCGACGGAAAGAAGGAAGAAGUGGGGGGCUCAAGUCCGGGAGACUGUUAAUUUACUUCAUGAAAUCGGGGUUACAUGGGGCGAUGGAAAGCCGCACAACGUGCUCAUACACAAGGAAACGGAUGAUGCAUGGGUGGUUGAUUUUGGGGGUGGUUAUACACGUAAUUGGGUUGAUGAGGAGUUGAUGGAAUCUUUGCCAGGUGAUGAGCAGGCGGUUGGCAAGAUUCUCGAGUUCUUGGAAGCUCAAUGA